GUGCAGGGCGUGUACGCGGGCCACGAGGUGUGCCCCGAGGAGCUCCGGGUGGAGGGCCAGGUGCGCCAAGUGCUGUCGCGGGCUGGGGCGGGCCCGCUGAGGCUUUCAUGGAUGUACGAGCUGCACCGCCACGAGGACCUGCCCGAGGACGUCCGCCGCAGGGGGGCCGCAGGCUUCUCCGGCUACCGUCGCUGCUUCGCCGAGCGGUGCUCCGCGGCGGCGCCGCUGCCGCGGCCAGAGCUGAGGAGGACGGCCCCCGGGGCCAGGUGGGACAUGGACGAGGGGCUGCCCUCAUGUGCCAGCGAGAUGCCUGGGUUGCAGGAUGAUGUCUUUCCAGUCGCCGCGGACGCGCAGGCUGCCUGGAAGGGCGGCGAAACGGCUGCAUUGGCGCGAGUGGAGUAUUAUUUCUUCCAGGCAGACUCCAUCGCCCUGGACUUCACUGGUGCGACGAACUUCCCGCACGAGGGCAACAGCUGCACCUUGGAGGGCUCGAUGACAAAGCUCUCGCCAUGGCUGGCGCACGGCUGCUUGUCAGCCCGCUACCUGUUCGCAGAGCUCAAGCGGUACGAGCGCGAGAGACACAAGACGGCCUCCACCGCACGCCUCGUUCACGAGCUCUACUUCCGGGACUUCGUCCGCUUCAGCGCGCUCCAGAAGGGCUCGAAGAUCUUCAAGCUGGACGGCAUCUAUGGGCGGCACCCUCCCGGAGGCUGGCUGCAGGACAAGGAGGAGGUGCUGGAACCCUGGCGCCUUGGCUGCACGGGCUUCCCCUUUCUCGACGCCUCCAUGCGAGAGCUGCUCUCGACGGGCCACUGCUGCCACGCUGGGCGCGAGGUGGCGGGCUGGUUCCUCGUCUGCGACCUCGGGCUGGACUGGAGGCUGGGCGCCGAGUGGUUCGAGUCCGCGCUCGUCGAUUACGAGCCCGCGUCGAACUGGUUCAACUGGGCCUUCACGUGCGUGCCCCGGGCCACCGGGGGCAACGCCAUACAGGAGGAGGCCAGGCCGCUGCUGCCGCCCCGCACCCGCCUGCAGACGCUGGAGGUCGUGUACUGGGCCGCGCAGAGCGACCCCGACGCGGAGUAUCGAAGACCGGUGGGUGCCCGAGCUGCGCGGCCUCCCCGCCGCGCUGGCGCGCGAGCCCUG